AUGUGCGCCGAGCUUGGGAAAAGCUUCAAUCAGAGCUCAAACCUUAUUUCACACAGAAGAAUCCACACAGGAGAGAAGCCAUAUAAAUGCCUCAUCUGUGAGAAAAGCUUCAUUCAGAGCUCACAACUCAACAGACAUGAGAGAACACACACGGGAGAGAAACCCUAUAAAUGCGUUGAGUGCAGGAAAAGCUUCAUUCAGAGCUCGGAUCUUCUUUCCCAUCAGAGAAGCCACACGGGAGACAGACCCUACAAAUACCCUAUCUGUGUGGAAAGUUUUGAUCAGAGAACACAGCUUAUAAUCCAUCAGAGAAUCCAUUCUGGAGAGAAACCUUACAAAUGCCUCAUCUGUUGGAAAAGCUUCAAUCAGAGCUCCAACCACAUUUCACACCAGAGAAUCCAUACGCGAGAGAGACCGUAUAAAUGCUCUGACUGUGGGAAAAGAUUCAAUCGGAGUUCACACCUUAUGCGACACAAGAGAACCCACGCAGAAGAUAAAUGCCCAGCUGGGUUGUGCUGA